AUGGAUCGUUCGCCAGGGUCUACUGCGUCGACAUUCUUUCGGCAGCUCAUUCAAUCACGUGACAUCACCCAGCAGCUGGUUAACCAUGAUCAGGAGAUCAAGGUCGCAAUUAUCGAUGACGACUUUCACUUUGCGCUACAAUCCGACGGAGGAGAGAAGCUGCACGUCAAACUACACGACGGCAUGUUCACUCUUUCGCUGGGGCCAUGCUCGGACGAGUCCGUGACCCUCGUGGCACCUGAGGCCGAAUGGCAGAAGUUUUUCUCACCACUGCCGCCACCGCCCUAUCAGAGCUUCUGGGGAAUGUUGAGAGUGCUAGGUCAUGAUGGACGUAUACGUGUCGGUGGUGACCCUGCGAGCUUUGCGAAAAAUGCUCGGGUCUGGCGCCUCGUGCUCGACAAGAUGAAACAAGUCUUCAACGACAAGAAUACCGGGCCACCCAACACCAACUUGGAGGAAGAACCUGAAGUUGAUGCCGUCGUGGGUCGCUAUGUCUGGAUUAACAGCGAGUAUUUUGGGAAAUGCAAAAUGUUUGUCGAGUCUUCGGGCAAUGGUCAACAGGCGCUGUUGCUGCUACACACCGCAGGUGCCGACUCGAGGCAAUACCACUCAAUUAUGAACGACAAAGAACUGCAGAAGCGUACGACAAUGUUUGCUUUCGAUAUGCCAGGCCAUGGCCGAUCAUAUCCAGGUCACAAGAUGAUUAUAUCUCAGCUCGGCAUCAAAGACUGCAUCGUAUCGGGCGCGAGCAUGGCCGGGCAUGUGUGCCUCGCAGUGGCGCUCCGGGCCACGGAGCUCGGUGUCGUUGGAGUCAUCCCUUGUGAAGCGUGUGACUAUGUUUCAUCUUCCGGGACUCUCUACGGCAUCGCGUCCAGCAACAAUGAGUCUGUUAUGAAUGCAGAAAUUGUGUCUGGCUUGAGUGGACCGUCAACCUUACCUGCACACCAGAAAAUGAUCUGGUGGGGCUAUUCGUCCCAGGCAGCAGGAAUCUUUGCCGGCGAUUUAUGCUUCUAUUUUGAAGGAUGGGACGGACGAGAUCGUGUGGCUUCGAUAGACACGACUAUCUGCCCUGUCUACAUGCUCACCGGUGAGUAUGACUACAGCUGUACUCCGGCUGCGAGCAGGGCGACGGCGGCGAAGAUUCCCGGUGCUGUGUUCACAGAGAUGAAAGGCAUGGGCCACUUUCCCGCGGCUGAGGAUCCCUCUGGUUUCCUACCACACUUAUUCAGAGGUCUGGAUUUCAUCCAAAACGCUUCUGUCAAGCGCUGA